AUGGAUGAUAUAGAUGCUAAAGGAUUUGAACAUUUUCCAGUUAUCAUUGCAACUGAUAUAACAAGAGGAUUAGCAUUUCUUCACAGCAAAAAUAUUGUACAUCGUGACCUAAAACCAGCAAACAUUUUGGUUUCUAAACAAUACUAUACAUCAGAAAAUAUGUCCGAAGUGUGGGAAACCAGACCUAUUUUUGCCAAGAUUACAGAUUUUGGAGAGAGUACAGCUACCAUGAUACAGAUAGCCAGUUUAGUUCACACAAAAACAAGUAACAUAUCCAGAGGGACCCCGGUGUUCAUGGCUCCGGAAAUACAUGUUCAUGAUGGGAAAAGUAAACAUGACAUUGAACACAUGAAAAGUAUGGAUAUAUGGUCACUUUCAAUGAUAUUUUAUUUGCUUACAAACCUUGACAAGAAGUAUCCUUUCCAAGAAGAGAUCAGCGAACUUCAAAAUGCUAGUGUUAGUAGUCAAAAUAUUAUGUGUAAGGUGUUAGAGAAACAGCCAUACCCAAAACAUGGAAUGAAGUAUUCUGAACACAGAAAUAUACAAUGGAAACUUAUUGCCAGGAUAUUUGAUAUGUGUGUUCAUUGUAGCUGGGAUCAAAGACCAACAGCCAAGAAAAUAUUGCUCACUUUUGAAGAAAAUGAACGGGAUCAUACAGAAUGUAAGCGUGAACGUUAUAUACAUUUUGUAUCAACAUUACAGGAAACAACAAAGGAACAGCUGUCAGAGUACUGUAUGCAUGAAGUUAAUGACAUGUCAAGUACAAUACCAAUAUCACAUGCUGAUGGUAUUGGUGACCGAUUUGUAGAUCUUAAAUCUAAAAUACUUGCAAAUGCUCGAAUGGAUUAUGUGUAUAAUGCUGUUGUGACUGAUGAGCUAAUUAUGUCAUUUGGAACUACUUUAUUGAGGAAGCUUGGGUCAGGGCCAGCAAAUGAUAUAACUCAACGAAUGCGCCAGCUUGCAAGGCUUGUGAUUGUCUUGAAUGAAAGAUCUGGAAAGGGACCUGUUGAAUUGAACAGCUACAUUGCCCCAAACAAUUUUGAUGAAGUUAUUAAAGCCACAGAGGAGCUUUGCGGUUUGUACAUAUCCAAAGAUGGACGAAGACAUUUCAAAGUCCUUCAUUAG